UGGUGUCCCAGAUGAUUUUCUCCAUGUGAAGCUCUGUGUUAAGGUGAAGCUAGAAAGUGUAUGUGAGCUGAUGUGGAUGUGGAUUCAGCAGCAUGGAUCAGUGUGAGGACAGAGAGGAGGGAGCCCCUCCCUCUAAAACCACUCUGUGUGGGGAACAUGAGAGCCAGACCAAAGCUCAGAGGAACCAACCUGGAGCUGAACCCAGCUGUGUGUCCUUAAAGAGUGACUGGUCAAAGAGUAUUGGUGCUGAUUUUAAAGGACAAUACUCUGAUGUGGAAAGGGUGAACAAGGAGAGCUCAGAGGUUUCCAGUGAUCAGUCUGGCCAGCAGCAUCACCACAUAAAACUUAACUCAAUAUUUAUGCUACUGGAGGAAAACAUUAUCACUUUUGUGAAGAAUGAGCUGAAGACGAUCCAAAGAGUUCUGGUUCCAGACUACAUGGAACCAUUUGAGAGUCAGAAGAAGGAUGAGAAAGUGUUUGGGGUGAAUGAACAGCAGAGAAGCAGAGAACCCUUCCUAAAGAUCGCACUGCACUUCCUGAGGACAAUGAAGCAGGAAGAGCUGGCUGACCGACUGCAGAGCAAAAUGUUUGCUCCAAUUUGUACACAUGAUCUUAAAACUUUGCUGAAGAAGAAGUUCCAGUGUGUAUUUGAGGGGAUCGCUAAAGCAGGAAACCCAACCCUUCUAAAUCAGAUCUACACAGAGCUCUACAUCACAGAGGGAGGGACUGCAGGGGUCAAUGAUGAACAUGAGGUCAGACAGAUUGAAACAGCAUCCAGGAAACCAGACAGACCAGAAAGAACAAUCAAACAUGGAGAAUUCUUUAAUGCCUCAAGUGGAAGAGAUCAAACAAACAGAAUAGUGCUGACAAAGGGAGUGGCUGGCAUUGGGAAAACAAUCUUAACACAGAAAUUCAUUCUGGACUGGGCUGAAGACAAAGCGAACCAGGACAUCCAGUUUAUAUUUCCAUUCACUUUCAGAGAGCUGAAUGUACUGAAAGAUAAAAAGUUCAGCUUGGUGGAACUUGUUCAUCACUUUAUAACCACAACUAAAGAAUCAGGAAUCUGCAGAUUUGAAGACUUCCAGGUUAUGUUCAUUCUUGAUGGUCUGGAUGAGUGUCGACUUCCUCUGGAUUUCAACAACAAUAUGUUUCUGACUGAUGUUGCAGUGUCCACAUCAGUGGAUGUCCUGCUCACAAAUCUCAUCAGAGGGAACCUGCUUCCCUCUGCUCAUCUCUGGAUAACCACACGACCUGCAGCAGCCAAUCAGAUCCCUCCUCAGUGUGUUGACAUGGUGACAGAGAUCAGAGGGUUCACUGACCCACAGAAGGAGGAGUACUUCAGGAAGAGAUUCAGAGAUGAGAAGCAGGGCAGCAGGGUCAUCUCUCACAUCAAGACAUCACGAAGCCUCCACAUCAUGUGUCACAUCCCAGUCUUCUGCUGGAUCACUGCUACAGUUCUGGAGGAAAUGUUGAGAACCACAGAGGUGAGAAAGCUGCCCAACACCCUGACUGAGAUGUACAUCCACUUCCUGGUGGUUCAGGCCAAAGUGAAGAAGGUCAAGUAUGAUGAAGGAGCUGAGACAGAUCCACACUGGAGUCCAGAGAGCAGGAAGAUGGUUGAGGCUCUGGGAAAACUGGCUUUUGAGCAGCUGCAGAAAGGAAACCUGAUCUUCUAUGAAUCAGACCUGACAGAGUGUGGCAUCAAUAUCAGAGAAGCCUCAGUGUACUCAGGAGUGUUCACACAGAUCUUUAAAGAGGAGAGAGGACUGUACCAGGACAAGGUGUUCUGCUUUGUCCAUCUGAGUGUUCAGGAGUUUCUGGCUGCUCUUCAUGUCAGUCUGACCUUCAUCAACUCUGAUGUCAAUUUGCUGGAAGAAGCACAAACAAUCUCCAGUAGGUCUGAAAAAACACAUUUCUACCAGAGUGCUGUGGAUAAGGCCUUACAGAGUCCAAAUGGACACCUGGACUUGUUCCUCCGAUUCCUUGUGGGUCUUUCAAUGCCAACCAAUCAGACCCUCCUACGAGGCCUGCUGACAACAACCGAAAGAAGUUCACAGACCAAUCAGACUCUACUAGCAUCCCUGCUUACACGGUUGAGAAGUAGUUCACAGUUCAACCAGAAAACAUAUAUCAAGAAAAAACUCAAUGAGAAUCUAUCUACAGAGAAAAGCAUCAACCUGUUCCACUGUCUUAAUGAACUGAAUGAUCAUUCUCUAGUGGAGGAAAUCAAACAGUCCCUGAGCUCAGGAAGUAUCUCCACUGAUAAACUGUCUCCUGCUCAGUGGUCAGCUCUGGUUUUCAUCUUACUGUCAUCAGAAAAAGAUCUGGAUGUGUUUGACCUGAAGAAAUACUCUGCUUCAGAGGAGACUCUUCUGCGGCUGCUGCCAGUGGUCAAAGCCUCCAAAAACGCUCUGCUCAGUAGCUGCAACCUGUCACAUAGAAGCUGUGAAGCUCUAUCCUCUUCUCUAAAAUUAGAAGACUGUGAACUGAGAUCUCUAGACUUGAGUAACAAUAAACUGCAGGAUUCAGGAUUGAAGCUGCUGUUGGCUGGAUUGGAAAUUCCAUACUGUAAACUGGAAACACUCAGAUUGAGCAACUGUAACCUCUCAAAGAGAAGCUGUGAAAUUCUGUCCUCAGUUCUCAGCGCUUCAUACUCUAUUCUGAGAGAGCUGGACCUGAGUGACAAUGACCUUACGGACUCUGGAAUGAGCAUAUUGUCUUCUGGACUGGAUAAUCCACACUGUAAACUGGAAACACUCAGGCUGACAGGGUGCCUGAUCACAAAAUAUGGUUGUACCUCUCUGGUAUCAGUUGUGAAGGCCAACCGCUCCCAUCUGAGAGAGCUGGACUUGACUUACAAUCAUCCAGAAGAGGCAGGAGUAAAACUAUUAGAGCAGCUGAGACUGGAAACUCUCAGGGUGGAGCCUACUGGAGUCCGAUGGUUGAGACCAGGUCUGAGGAAGUAUUCCUGUCAACUCGAAAUCGACACAAACACAGUGCACACACACCUCAAACUGUCUGAAGACAACAGGAAGGUGACACGUCUGGUGGACGGUCAGCCAUAUCCUGAUCAUCCUGACAGAUUUGAUUAUUGGCCUCAGCUGCUGUGCACAGAUGGUCUGACUGGUCGUUGUUACUGGGAGGUCGAGUGUAGAGGAGGAGUUAACAUAUCAGUAAGUUACAGAGCAAUCAACAGGAGAGGAGACAGAGAACACUGUGUGUUUGGAGAGAAUGAUCAGUCCUGGAGUUUGAGCUGUUCAGAUGAUGGUUGUUAUUUUGUCUGGCACAAUAAUAAAAAAACAUCCAUCUCCUCCUCCUCCUCGUCCUCCUCUGUCUCUAACAGAGUAGCAGUGUAUGUGGACUGUCCUGCUGGCACUCUGUCCUUCUACAGAGUCUCCUCUGACACUCUGAUCCACCUCCACACCUUCAACACCACAUUCACUGAACCUCUUUAUCCUGGAUUUACAGUCUUGUUUCCUACUUCCUCAGUGAAUUUGUGUACAGUUUAGGAUGAGAGGUGACCAACUGUGAUAUCAAGGAGGAAUCACUGAGCUGCAGUGCCUUGAAUGAUGAAUUAACAAACUGUUAAAAAACAUUUUCACAUUAUUUUGUUUCUCUGGACUUCAGUUUUGUUUUAUCAUGAGCCUGUUCAGUGUCCAAAUAAAAAAACGAGUCUUAAAUGUUUCACAACAGUGAAACUUUUUUGUUUUAUGAAGCUCCAACAAAACUAAUAUCUCAUUUAACUUUGAAGGAGAACCCUAAUGCUAAAUAUAUUCAUGCACCGUUAACCUUAGACUUAUUUUGAGUAAAUAUCACAUACAAACCUGUAAGUCGAACUGUUUCUGUCUGUGUUUGCACAACACUUCGAGUUGUUCAUGUUUUACAUGUUUUAGUUUUUUUAUUUACUGAUUUAUGGAUUUUCUUUCACUGAUUAGAUGUUUUUAAUCUCUUUUUGUUCGCUUACUCGUGAAGACAACAUUACAUGAUCAUUUCCACCAUCUCUGAAGGAACUUUGUUU